AUGCCGUCAAAUCUGCCAUAUGCCGCAGACGCAGAAAGUCCUCUCAAACCGGCAGAGUUACAAGUCCUUCGCGCACAGUAUGAGAAAGAGGGCGAGUAUGUGGGAGUCCAGACGAAAUUCAACUAUGCAUGGGGCUUAAUCAAAUCAAACCAGCGAAGCGAGCAACAACUGGGCGUACAGCUACUAUCCGACAUUUUCAAGACAACCCCUGAAAGAAGAAGAGAAUGCUUAUACUACCUGGCACUAGGAAACUACAAGUUGGGGAAUUAUGCUGAGGCGAGACGGUAUAACGAGUUGUUGCUAGAGAAGGAGCCGGGAAAUCUACAGGCUGCUAGCCUGCGACAAUUGAUCGAUGACAAAGUAUCAAGGGAGGGUUUGAUGGGUGUUGCAAUCAUUGGCGGUGUUGCUGUUGCUGCAGGCAUUGUGGGAGGCAUAAUAAUGAGAGGAUCACGGAAGAGGUGA